UACCUCGUGCUGCUCUUCCUGCUGGUGUUCGUCACCACGUUCUUGUGGCGAGCGUCCGUCUACACCGACCCGCGCCGCUUCUAGGGCCGCCAUGGCGGCCACGGCCGGGUUCGUGCAGACGGUGCUGGCCAGCGUGUGUCUGGAGACACGGCUGCCCAGCCUGCCUACCGUGCCGCCGCUGACCGCCACACGGCAGGGCUACAGCGAGGCCUGUGCGGCAACAAACGACUAUCUCCGCCUGACGGACGGCCAGCUGAUACAGUGGAUGCGACCCAGCGUCACCAGGGACAUGCAGAACCGCACCAUUCGGCUCGGCGUGAAGGAGAUGCCGACUGCCGCCUAUCUCAACUCGACACAGCAGCCAGACCGGUGGUCGUUCCGCGUCAUCAACAUCCUGGCGUCCGUCUACAACUUCACGCCGGAGUACGUACCGUCGGCGAAUCCGAGCGGCGGCGUCCCUGACGCGGCCGGCGGCUGGGGAGGCCUCACCGGACAGCUACUCAGGGAGGAAGUGGACAUGACUGGAAACUUUCUGGUGUCAUCAACUGAACGUCUCGACUUAGUGUCCUUUGGCGAAACGAUCGGCUACUCCCAGAUUGGACUAUUAAUAGAAAGACCAAAGGCAGAAACAAGGGACGACUCGCUUCUCGCUCCAUUCAGCAACAAGGUCUGGAUCAUGAUCCUGAUCUCGAUGCUCGUCAUGGGCCCGUUGAUCUGGGGCAUCAUCCGCUUCCGUGUGUGGUUGGCGACGAGCGACAAACACCUGAACCGCAUCAUUCCGCUGGGCUCAUGCGUCUGGUUUGUAUACGGCGCGCUGAUGAAGCAGGGCUCCGUCCUCUCACCCGUCACAGACUCGUCUCGAAUGCUGUUCGCCACCUGGUGGAUCUUCAUCACGGUGGUAACGGCGUUCUACACGGCCAACCUGACGGCCUACAUGACCUUCUCCGAUCUGAAGAUCCCCGUCGACAGCAUUGACGACAUCGAUAGCAAUCAGAAGUCUUGGAUUGCGCCGCGAGGGGACAGCAUCCAGAUGUACGUCAACAGCUCCGACGUCCUCAUGGGGAUGAGAAGGGCCGGGAAGGGCUCCUUCAUCAGUCCCGACGAACCGGCGUCCAAGACUAUUGACAAAGUCCGCAGUUCAGCGUACGUCUACAUCGACGAGGUGUCCAAGCUGAACGCCAUGAUGAUGGCCGACUACUACUCCAGCAACCGCACCUGCCACGUGUAUGUGGUGCCCCUCAAGGAUGAGUACAUCAAGUACUCGCUAGCCGCGCCCAAGGGCUCGUCAUUCAACCAAGCCUUCGACCCUUU